CAUGUUAGCACACUGAAGGGGGGUGACCCUGCACUAAAUCUUUCAAUUUCAUCUAAUAGAAUGCCAUAAAGUCUACAAAGAAGCAUGCAACUAUAUACUCCAAUGAAAGCCGUGGUGUAACUACAAAAGUGCUGGAAUGGACAGAAACUACCCUCCACUGGCUGCAAAUGGAGAGACAUCUCCUGUCUCAAACUUGGGCCUGCCUCCUCUGAUAAAGAUGGACCAACGCUUUGAAACUGGCUACAGUGCGCCCAUGGAUACCAAUCAGAAUGGAAACAGUAACUGCGAGUCUAUGUCUCAGAAUUCUGAAACUGAGCAGAUGAUGUCUUCUUCCUCUCCUACCCACUCAGAGCAGCUACAUCACCAUCGGCCCACUAUUAUCACUAUUGCCCCUUCCUCUGACACUGGGUCUCCUCCGCAAUCCCUCGUCAGCUCAACUCCUGUCACGCCCACGAAUGGCCUCGUCUUCUCGCCGGGCUCCUCUCCCCUCAAGAUGCCACGCCCACUAGUUGACCCCAUCGAUACCGAUCGUCCAGAGAGGAUGAGGGACUGGCUAGUGCGUAUGAUCAACAGUGGGAGGUUCCCGGGCUUGAAGUGGCUGGACCAGGAGCAGGCCAUAUUUAGAGUGCCCUGGAUCCAUGCUAAGAAGAGAGAUUACAAUCAGGAGAGGGAUGCAGCUCUCUUCAGAGAGUGGGCACUCCACUCUGGCAAGUAUGGGGACGGCUCAGAUGUGACCACAUGGAAGAUUAACUUCAGGUGUGCACUAAACGGACUUAAAGACAUCGUAGAGAGGAAAGACCUCGAAGAGCAGGAUUGCCGAGUAUACCAGAUGCUCCCUCAGUCGGGAAGCGGGCGAAGACGAAAGAGACGACGUCCCGGUUACUUCUCGACUGACGUCUCUAGUCUUAACUCUCCGGACGAUGCAGCCGAGGGACGUAUGAGGCUAGACCUGCAGAGCCCUGUGGUCACGCCCACUCUCUCGUUAAUCCACCCCUCGGGGCUCACCCCCGUGUCAACGUUUACUCCCACUGUCUCCUCUCCCAUUCAAGUGUUGCCCAUCAUCUCGGCAGGGGGUCAAAUGAGAGUGCCUUAUAUAGGCGGCACGCCCACGACCCCCCACGGAACUCCACUGGGGGUCCUGCAGAAAUUGCGACCGAUGGGCCACCAUCAGACCACCGGGAUCUUCACGACCAUAUUCCCGGGGGACUCUAUGGGUCGAGGGGAGAGGAUUGUGUCGGAGGAGAGGGAAGCCUCUGUUCCUACACAACCACCGACUCCAAGAACACCGGUGUCUCCUGCUAUGCAGUUUAGCCCCAAGGUGAUAUCCCCCCAGGCCUUGCACUCGUUCCCCUCCCCAGCACACUACACCUCCACACACGCAUUUCCCAUUGGACCACCAUUGCCCAUGAACCCUGUCCUAAGAACUGGACCUGUCUAUUGCCCUCCCCCCGAGUUCUGCACCAAUCCCCACGCUGUCACAGUUAGAAUCCUCUAUGGCUCCAUCACCGUUCACAUGGAAACUUUCGAUUGCUCUAACGGUGCUCGGAUCUACUACGGCCCACUGCACUGUCGAGAUAUACUCUCCCCCGAAGUCGAAGAGAAACUCUUCGGCCCCCUUAACGCUCACCAGAUCUCCCUCUCCCCUCGACAUCCAGCUGGCCUGGCCCGAGAGAUUUUCAAUCAUACGAAACGAGGACUGAUUCUGGAGGUCAAGGAUGAGUGCUUGUACGCCACUGCUCUGUGUAGAACGGUUAUUUACCACGGCUCAUCUCCGAUCAAGCACAGCGGAACACUAAUCAAAGAGGAAAGAACUAGAGUCUUCAAUUAUAAGCAUCGUUUCAUGCCCUCCCUCAAGUACACCGCCGAGGGUCGUGGCUAUCCCCCUAAACCGUACGCCCUGCUCAGUCUGGGUCAGCCGUGGGGAGGGGAUCGACCUCUCUCCAAGAACCUAGUGACCGUGGUGGUAACCUACUGCAAGGCUUUGAAUGACCUUCGAGUGCGGAAUCUUCCCGUUCACGACGACCUUUUGUUUGAACCUCAAGAGGCUAGAGACAUUCGCAUAAUUUCGCCAACGCCCACAGACUUAGAAGCGGAACAGUUUUUGAACCCACACAUGCACACAGCAGGGGAGAUUCCCAGUGCUGCUUGAGCGCUAGCUUUGUUUGUCUGUUUGUAUUUUUUUUUUCUAAUUAUUGUAGUGUUUCUGUUUCUAUAUUGCAAUGUUUACUUUUUCAUCUGAUGGCUUUUAAUUAUCAUAA